AUGAAUUCUUUCUCUCCCCAGGACGCGGACACUGUCGACCCUAAAGCAAUCCGCGUACUCAUCACAGGAUUCGGCCCCUUCCAUAAAUUCAACGAAAAUCCAUCGUGGCUUGCGGUCAAACCCUUGCACAACACUGUCCUCUAUACAAAUCCUGAUCCUAUUGUGAUUGAUGACCAUGCGAUCGUGACCGACGAGAUGGAAGAAAUGGCGCCUCGCCCGCAGCCUAUACACAUUACUGCCAUAGAAAUCCCAGUCUCGUAUCAGUCUGUUCUGGCCGUCACUCCCGGUCUCCAUGCACGUCCUCCCGUUCUCCCCGAACCGAAAGAUCCUGCUAUGGUCCUUCCCCCACCACCGGUCAACGGAUACGACUUCAUGUUCCACGUCGGUGUCGCAGGGCGCGGGCCGUUGCGUAUGGAGAAACUGGCACAUAAGAAUGGCUUCCGAAUGAAGGAUGCGGAUGGCCAAUAUGCACCUGUCGUGCAUCUACCAAAAGAGCAUCCUCGAGAUCCUGAAGCUGAGGUAGAGAUAAUGGAACAAUUUUUGAGUUUGGUGCCACCUUCGGGGCACGGUCCGACUGGUGGUGAAGGGGGAAAUGACGGCGUGGAGAUUCCACCCAAUCGCGGUUUUGGGAAGGGAUAUGAGAGCUUUGCCGAAGAGAUGCAGACCGAGAUAGACGUUGCGAAGCUGAUUAACCAUAUGAAGGAAACGGGCAUUGAGGUAUGUCCGUUUCUGCCUGCUGUGGCUGCUUCCCUGCGCUUCACCGUUCAACCCAUCCUCAGCACAUUUAUUCGUCGAUGGAUGCUGGCCAUUACAUCUGCGAUUUCAUUUUCUAUUGCUCGCUGGCUGAAGCCAAGCGGAUAA